AUUAGCCAGAUACCGGCGUGACCUAUUUUAAGCUACUGUAUGGUACAUAUGGUGUUUUUAACGUGAUUUGUAGGUUUGUGACAAUGCCUGGAAAGGAAACUAAUAAUACACAAUGUUCGAGAGACGUAACAGACGACGUAUUGCCCAUACCUAUACAAAUAUUUUUAUGGAAACAAGUGAGUCCAUUUGUUCGGCCGAAGCUUGGAAAACACCAUGAAGCUUCCUGUGUGUUUUGUCAGCAGGCAAGCAUAGGCCACCAUGAGUUAAAAGAAGCCUGCAAAGUAUACGAAAAGGUUGUAGUACAAAACAUUCAAAGCGGUCUAAAACCGGAUAUUGCAGAAAUUAUUAGGUCUGUUCCAAGAUGGAAACUGAUACAGGCUUCGUUACCAUAUGUGAUGCACUCAGUCUCAUCAGUCCUGCACAACAGAUUGAAAGACGGAAAUCUGCAAACUUUAGGGGCAGUAGAGACAAAGCUUCUGUAUACCUUACACUGGAUUAUAUUAGACGCGGGAGAAGAAUGUUCAGAUGAAGAUUUUGAAAAAGGCGUUUUUCAUCCUUCUCCUUUUUACUACAUUUUCCCGAUAUCCAGCAUCGCGUUAUUCAUCUAUCUGUUUGCACCUAUCUGCAACAAUUUGAAAGAAUCUGACUUCCAAAAUUUCCGGCUGGAGAAUGGCCUGAAAAUUUGGCAAGCCUUGUGGGAUUUCAAACAUCCGGAUGCUGCUUGCUUCUUUACCCAGUGCAAGCCGGAACCAAGGUUUCUCAGUGGCAAACGACCCAGGAGCAAGCAAUUUGGAGACGUUUUUGUAGGAAGAAAACCAUCACAAGAAGAUCCACUAGCUAGAGACAGUCCAACAAUGAGCCACGCUGUAAGCGCGUCCAGCUCAGACCAACCAUCUUUUCCUAUGUCUGGAGCUCCGUCUACAGUUACGAUUACAGCAACUAUUACGAAAAUCGAUGAUGAGGGCGGCUGGGUGUCGUCACCAAAAGACACCGCCUUUCCAGAAACCAUUCCUGAAGAAAGCUCCAGCACCGAGGAAGAGCAUGUCGUUAUAUUUAGAUUGCCGUCACUGCACGAAUCUGAUGGAUUCUUGAGAGAUCCUUCUAUUUACACGGCCGAAACAAGCAUUAUUCAAUUGGCGAUGAGAAGAAAUGGGGCUGGACGAAGUAAUAAGGUAGAUCAAGCAGCUGUUACUGCAAGUACCGAUAAUAAGUCAACCGGAAAACCGCCUAUGCAAAAGGCUGGGUCCUCAACCGACAAAGAUUCACUUGACAGUAGCAAAGUACCAUCAGUAGAAGCACAGCAGAAGGAAGAAGCCGGCAAGCCGCUAGAUCAUGAACAUAAGGUAAAUGCGGCGACUUUUUUGGAUGUGGCUGUACUACGUUGUCUCUUCAUGACUCAUUGGCAAGAAGAUGGGAUUUAUUGGGCAUUGGCUUUUCUAUACAACAGACUUCGAGAGAUCAACGAAGAAGCUUCUAACCAACAGCAACCUAGGAGGAGGAGCAAUUCCUUGCCGAUACCCAAGAUUGAAGUGUCUUUAUAUCAGAGCAAUGAUUUCAAAAAGUCGUCUGAUCACAACCAGAAAGAUUUCAUCGAGGUUCCCGAGCCGAAAGACGUAUCUCUUUUAGCAGAGUGUCCGUAUUCAUCACAAGCAAAAUCUGACGAAUCCCUGCAUAAGAGAGCGGGGAGCGAAAAGAGUAAGAGAAGGAUGAAGAUAGCUGAUUUAAAAACAUUUGUUGAAACCAAGCUAUUAUCGAAAUCGGAGAAGGCGUUAGAAAAAAUUGGACAAGAAGAACCGAAAUCGCUGGGACAAGUAUCGGUGGGUUCAAGAAGAUUUCUAAAUCAGGAAUGUCAUAGGAGUCUAGAUACCGGAGAUGACACUUUGUCGUCUAGGCCACAAUCGUCGUUUUCAAAAAUCUUCGAGCCGCCUAGCAACCUUGUGAAAGGGAAAAGCAUGCCUAGCCUCAGCUGUUUAAUUGAUGAACUUAACGCUGGUGGAUAUACAGACGAGACUCAUUGGGAAUGUACACGCAGCAGCAGAUUGACCAAUUCCCAGCCAAUGACAAACCCGAUUAUCACAGUUACUGAACAUACUCCAACACCUUCACCUGACUACUUGAAGAAGGAGACCUACGCUCAAAGUUCAAUGGAUAGCCAGCUGGAUGCUGCGAGCCUUUCCGGCAGCAAGUUGAGUGGCUGGCAAGAUAGGAAGUCAAGCUUAACGAGAUCCCAAACAGAUUCAAAUAUAACAUAUGCUGGUGAAGAGGUUCAAGAGGCUCAUGGAUCAACAAGAUAUAUAACAAGAGACGGCGAGAUGGACUUGCAAGUAGUUUUAAAGGCAGUGCACAGAACUGCAGUCAGAGAAAACACUUCAUGUACUCUUCGAGUGCUAGAAGUCAUCUUGAACCUUGCGGAGCUGCUCUUGGACAUGGGUGUCCUGAAGCAGUGCUUAAGGGAUGAGGUCAUGGCGAAUAUUUCCAGUUCCAAAAAGGAAGCGAAAUUCUCCGGGGUUACCAAGGUAUCUCCAGGUUCAACUGCAGAUACUCCGUAUAGCAGUGACGCCGAGAAGACUGAAAAGAAAGUUUCUCCACAUAGGAUGAUGAUGAAUAUUAUUGUUAGAGUUUUGAAGCAUCUCGGAUGUCCACAUGGAUGUAUGGAUGGCCAGAGAGGCCCAGCAGCAGAGUUUCUACGGACGCAGUGUCAAAACAUUUUCUCCAAACUGAAUAGAGCCAGCGGCAAUAUGUUGAAAAAAUACUUGAGAGACUUCGUUAGGUACCAGCCGAUGAACGACAUACUCGAUUUCUUUCACGCUUAUUUAGGAUAUUGCGUGGAUCCCAGCUCCUUGUUAUCACCUCUGAGCGCAGGAGUGGGCAGGUCUAGGGGAAUUGAGGGGCAGGUCGUAGGAUGCGCUUUCAAGCAAAUGGUCACACGAUUCAUCGAGGCGAGCAAAGAAAUCAAGACGUCGGAAAAUUUGGCAACCUAUUGUGAAAUUCGCCAAAUGAUGACCUACGUGAAAGAAGCUCACGGUAGCGUCUUCAGAAAAGUUGCUUUGAGCGCUCUCAUCGACACCGCGGACAGACCGUCAAAAAAAGAACCAGCCACACAGACCACCAGAGUAAUUAGGCACAUGCAUCCAUCGGAAAUUGAAGAUAUACCGGACGCACCAACGGACAGCCAGUCUUUCAGCGUAGACGACAAAGGCAUCAGAAAGCAACUGUUCAAGAAACGAAGCACCUCUUCAACAUGUGCUAGUCUCCUUGAAACAGAAGCAGAAGAAUUACUGAGAACCAGUCAAAGUCCUUUAGGGAAUUUGAGAAAAAAACACCAUGUUUUGACGCCGAGGCACAGCGAAAGAGCUUUGGGAAUCGCAAUGGAUCCAUCAGUCUGCAUGAAGUCAAAAAGAUCCAAAUUCGGAGGAAUAGUCAACUGGUUCAAAAAGGGAGACAGUUCAUCUACAGAUGAUCAAGAAAUGCGAGAUAAUGGGGAAUCCGUCACCGACACAGCCAGUUUUGUGAGAAAGCCUUCGGUAUACUAUCAAAAACCAAGCAAAAGCAAUGUUAUAAAGAAGGCCAAACGGAGGAUGGAGGGAAAGUUCAAAUUUGUCUUGAAGAAAGGGAAAAGAAAGAUGGUGGUUCGGAGGACUCCGGAGCUGGCCGGAGAGACUUCCAGGGAAUCAGAAUUUGUUGUGCUCAAAGAAAGGAAGCUUGUAUCUACAACGCUUGUACAUGAGGGAGUAGCGAGGCUGUCAUUUCUGCUAGAAACUUGUCCACCUGGAUCGGUGCCAGACGCGCAUCUUUUAGCAUCAACCCUCACUCGACAGUGGUAG